AGGCCUUUUGCCGCUACUUCUGGAUGCAGUUCGUGGAGAAGCUCCUGGCCGUAGCCCUUCUGGCGGUGGUUUCCACGGAUAACGCCCUGCACCUGGUGCUGGCCAUCGUUCUGGUCAUGGCGGCCACCAUUGCCAUGGUUCGGCCCUACCUGCAGCCGCAGAUGAACGAUUUGCAGUGCCUCUCCAUGAUUUGUCUUGCCGGGGCGGCCAUUGGCUUCUCCGCUGGGACUUCCGGGGAUGCGCAUUGGCUCUGGCUGAGCCGCGUGUCCUUUCUGCUGCCCUUUCUGCUGGCCGCUACGCAGGUGCUGCAGCCGGACAGCUGCGAGGCACUCGCCGCGCGCCUGUACCAGGAGGCCCGCCAGAAGCUGCCAGAGCUAAAGGAGGAGAAGGAAGUGGAGCUGAUGGUGGAGAUGGUGAGCUUCCUUUGAGCCUCUUUGGGUGUUUCUGGUUUGUACUGUCCGUGUUUGGCGGUUUCAGAGGCUGACGAAGUCUGCCCACCUCAUACCAUGCCGCUGCCUGAAGGACA